AUGGCUGCGCCCGCAACCCCACAGCACCGCCUGACCCACGCCGCCCCGGCGCUCCUGCUCCUCCUGCCGGCUCUCGCCACCGCCCUCGCCUGCCACCACCUGCGGACCCGCGACGCCACCUUCCCCUGGGACAGCCUCCAGCUCCUCCAGGCCGUGGCUCCCAGCCCGACACAGCCCUGCCACCACCAGCACGCGCCCUUCUUCCCCGACACCCUCCUCCACACCAGCCACCCACAGCAAGCCGCAGCCGCCGCCCUCCACAUCCUCCAGCACCUCUUCGACACCCUCAGCAGCCCCAGCACCCCACAACACUGGGACGACCAGGCACGCCACCACCUCCUCAACAACCUCCAGCACCACAUCCAGCAGCUCCAGCAAUGCCUGACAGCCAACGGCACGCUCUUCCAAGCCCAAGGGCCCCGCAACCUGAUGCUCAGCAUCACCAAAUACUUCAGGCACAUCCACGACUUCCUCCACGCCCACAACCACAGCGCCUGCGCCUGGGAACACGUCCGCCUCGAAGCUCGCGCCUGCUUCCAACGCCUCCACAACCUCACCCGCACCACGCGCAGUUAG